AUGGUUUGUUGCAAUUUUAUGCCUUUAUUAUUUGUGCUGUGGACAUUUUUUGCAUCUUAUUGCAACACACAACUUCCGGCUGAGCCAGCGAUUAGCCUUCAUACAGGUUUAACAGAAAGAAUAGGAAACUUCUCGUUAGAGUUAUUAUAUUAUGCCACAAAAGAACAAGCUGAGGGAACUAAUUUAAUUAUUUCCCCAAUAACUGUGUGGACCUCUUUAGCAGUGGUUAGCGAAGGUGCCCAUGGAAAUACGAAAAAAGAGUUACGUAGCGCCCUUCGUAUAUCCUCAAAGAAAGCCAAUGAAAUUAAAGAAGAUUACCAGAAGAUUAUAAAAUAUCUCACAGUCAAAACUGAUACUAUUGUUUUAAAUAAAUUCAAUGCUCUAUUUAUGAAUACCAAUAAUAUGCCAUUGCAGAAAUUCCAAAACUCGGCAAAAGAAUACGACACACGUCUAAUAGAGGCUGACUUUUCGAAAUCUGUGGAAACAGCAGAACGAAUAAAUACUGUAAUCGCGAAUCUCACAGAAAAUAGGAUAUCUAAAUUAGUGGAACCUACAGACAUAGAAAAUAGUAAUUUAAUAUUAACAAGCGCUAUUUACUUCAAAGGACAAUGGAGAACGCCGUUUGAUCCCAAAAACACAAAGCGGGAAAAGUUUUAUGACAGCAACGGCGACCAAGUGGGACAAGUUAACAUGAUGUACAUUCGUGAUACGUUCCCCUUCGCCAAAAUAAACGAUCUUCAGGCUACAGUGAUCGAAAUUCCGUACGGAAAAUAUAACCGCACAUCCAUGCUAAUAAUGCUACCAGAAAAAAAGGUGUCGUUAGAUAAAAUGUAUUCAAACUUCCAAAAACGAACAUUAGACCACGUAUUUGAAGUGUUAAAGAAGAAUCAGGAGGAAUUCGGUGAUGAUGAAAUAGAUUGUUACAUACCGAGGUUCAAAAUCGAGACGAGUCUGGAUUUAAAAUCGUCUUUAAAACAUAUGGAUAUCUCCGAUGUUUUCAGUGAACGUAAAGCCGACCUGAGUGAAGUUUCAAUCAUACCUACAUAUGUAUCCAAAGUGAUACACAAGGCUGAAAUUGAAGUUACCGAAGAAGGUACAACAGCAUCGGGUGUUACGAGAACAGACUUCGGCAACAGAAUUGGUGCAAUACGCUUUGAGGCUAACCGACCAUUCUGUUAUAUGAUCAUAGAGAAAAUAACAAACACUAUAGCAUUCGGCGGUUUCUACCAAACACCUAUUUUAUAUUAA